AUAUUUUUCUUUUAGGGACUCAAGGCUCUUAUUUUGGAGAGGAUGGGAAAACCUGAUGAAGCUUUAUCUAUUUGCUUAAAUGCCAGAGAGAAAUUAUAUUCAGAUGAAGCUGCUCCCAUUGAUGAUCUCACUCUCAGCACUAUACAGAUUGUUUUCCAACGUCUUGAUCGAUUGGAUCUGGCUACUAGUUGCUAUGAGUAUUGUUGUGGUAAGUUUCCGAACAACUUGGAGCUGAUGAUGGGUCUAUUUAACUGCUAUGUUCGUGAGUACUCAUUUGUGAAGCAGCAGCAGACAGCCAUCAAAAUGUACAAAGUUGUUGGUGAAGAAAGGUUUUUGCUCUGGGCUGUUUGUAGUAUACAGUUACAGGUGUCCUGCGGAGAUGGGGGGGAGAAGCUGUUAGGUUUGGCUGAAGGUCUGCUUAAGAAGCAUGUUGCUUCUCAUAGCUUGCAUGAGCCAGAAGCCCUUCUUGUUUAUAUUUCUAUCUUGGAACAGCAAGCGAAGUAUGCUGCUGCUAUUGAAAUUCUCUCUGGGAAAUUGGGAUCUCUUAUAGCAAUCGAAGUUGAUAGGCUCCGCAUGCAGGGGAGACUUCUAGCUCGGGUGUGUGACUAUGCUGCUGCUGUGGAGAUUUUCCAGAAAGUUUUAGAAUCAUGCCCUGAUGAUUGGGAGUGUUUCCUAAAUUAUUUAGGAUGUUUACUGGAGGAUGACAGCAGCUGGUGUGGUGGGACCAUCAAAGAUCAAAUCUAUCCUCCGAAAUUCAUGGAUUGCAAGUUGUCCCAUUUGACAAAUGAAGUGUUUGAUUCACGCAUAUUAAAAGCAUCAUGCUUUGUGCAAAAGUUACGCGAGGAGGCCAACAAUGGUUCUAUAAGAUGCCCUUACUUGGCAACUCUUGAAAUUGAAAGGAGGAAGCAUCUCUUUGGAAAAGGUGAUGACGUCAAAAUAAGGGAGGGUUUGUCAGAUUACUUUUGCAGGUUUGGUCACUUGCCAUGCUUUACAUCUGACAUUGAGAUGUUUCUCAAAUUGUUAACUGACGAUGAAAGGGUUGAGUUCCUUGAAAAGAUAACGAGAAGCUGUGACUCCUCAUCAGUGCCAAUAAAAGCACUUGGACAAUCAAUUAGCAUUUUUAAACUCCAGGAGUUAUUUGGAGCCAUGUUCAAGCUCCCUAUUGGUGAGCUAGAGGAAACUGCACUGCAAAUGACAAAGCUGUACUGUACAAAUCUUCCACUUUCAAGGGAUUUGGAUCCACAAGAAAACAUGCAUGGUGAAGAACUUCUAUCAAUGGCAUGCAAUGUGCUGGUUCAGGUAUUUGAUAGGUUUUCCUAUAAAUCCCGUUGUUUCCUUAAAGUUUAUUUGUUCUUUACCAUGACGAGUUAAAAAAUUUAGUUUCACAUUCAUCUCUUACAAGAAU